GGACCCCACAGGUUGGCAUAGGGACCCCACAGGUUGGCAUAGGGACCCCACAGGUUGGCAUAGGGAGCCCACAGGUUGGCAUAGGGAACCCACAGGUUGGCAUAGGGAACCCACAGGUUGGCAUAGGGACCCCACAGGUAGGCCUAAGGACCCCACAAGUUGGCAUAGGGACCCCAUAGGUUGGCAUAGAGACCCACAUAUUG